CACUGCACUCCUGCCUGGUGACAGAGCAAGACUCAGUCUCAAAAAAUAAAUAAAAUAAUAAUAAUAAUAAAUAUUUCAGGGGAGAAUUAGAUGAGAUGAUUGUAAAAUGCAUAGCCCUAGCUGUGACCCAGAAUAUAGUAGGUGCUUGAUAAGAACUUUGUCACUUCCUUAAUAAUGAUUAUUUGUUCAGCCUGUGAACCAAUGUGAUUUUUUUUAAGUGAAAUCCACAUAGCAAAAUUUACCAUUGUUACUGUUUUCAAUGUGUGUGUUUUUUUUUUAAUUCAGGUAAGUUUUAUGUAUUUUCUGAUUCUUAAGUUGGAAAACAAGGUAACCUCUAAUAUGGGCUGUGAGGCCUUCCUCUGCCCAAGCAGCUGCAGAUAUGAACCCUGAAUAUAAAGGGAUAUUAGGCUAGAAGGGAUCUUGGGCAGAGCUGAAUGGCUCUAAGCAUUUGACCUCACCUUAGUUUCCUCCUGAGAAGAGUCAACAGAGUCCAGCAUCUUCUUCCAAGGUCAGGAAAGGGCAAAGAUUUGAAAUUAGGCAUCACUGGGUUCUCAGCUGGGCCUGCAAGGUCCCCUCCUCCCACUAGGCAGAGCAAAGAGGAGGUUGCAGAAGAGAAGAGGAUAUGAGAUUGGUUCUCUGCUCCUCCCUUUCUUUCCCUGCUUUCCCCACACCCACCCUCUCCCCCACAGCAGCCUUCUCCCCCACAGAGGCUGGGAUAGAAUGAGGGGGGCGGAGUUGGGGACUGAGGGAUCAGAAGCCCCAGGAUGCCCUGUAUCUGAAGAAAGCUUUGGCCAGGGGCAGCUGUGCUGGCUCAUGCUCUCCUCCUUCUGCUGCUGCCAUCCUCCAGCAAGAUGCUAGGGUCACUGGGGCUUUGGGCAUUACUUCCCACAGCUGUGGAAGGUAAGCGUCUACAGGGAGGGGAAGGGUCUUUCCAUCCAUCCCGUGAGGGAAAGGGGCGCUUGAAGCAAGAGCCACCCCUUUGGAAGAGUGGUGAGUGGGCUGGGUGAGUGAGGGUGAAGGACAGAGCCAUGUGUCCCCAUGGCGGGGCUCAGGUUCCAGCCCUCUGCUGACCCUGCUUCCUCCUGUGGCUUUACCAUACUGACGCUGGGAUGUGGAACAUGUUUUGUCUGUUCUUUUGGCCACUUUUUUGCCUCUGCAUUCACUCCCAUCUCGAAUCCUUUCCUUUCCCCACCCUGGGCCUCAGCACCCCCAAACAGGCGAACUUGUGUGUUCUUUGAGGCCCCUGGAGUGCAGGGAAGCACAAAGACAUUGGGAGAGCUGCUAGAUACAGGCCCAGAGCUCCCUAGAGCUAUCCGCUGCCUCUACAGCCGCUGCUGCUUUGGGAUCUGGAACCUGACCCAAGACCGGGCACAGGUGGAAAUGCAAGGAUGCCGAGACAGUGAUGAGCCAGGUUGUGAGUCCCUCCACUGUGACCCAAGUCCCCGAACCCACCCCAGCCCUGGCUCCACUCUCUUCACCUGCUCCUGUGGCACUGACUUCUGCAAUGCCAAUUACAGCCAUCUGCCUCCUCCAGGGAGCCCUGGGACUCCUGGCUCCCAGGGUCCCCAGGCUGCCCCAGGUGAGUCCAUCUGGAUGGCACUGGUGCUGCUGGGGCUGUUCCUCCUCCUCCUGCUGCUGCUGGGCAGCAUCAUCUUGGCCCUGCUACAGCGAAAGAACUACAGAGUGCGAAGUGAACCAGUGCCAAAGCCAGGGCCAGACUUGGGCAGGGACUGGAGUGUGGAGCUGCAGGAGCUGCCCGAGCUGUGCUUCUCCCAGGUAAUCCGGGAAGGAGGUCAUGCAGUGGUUUGGGCCGGGCAGCUGCAAGGCAAACUGGUUGCCAUCAAGGCCUUUCCACCGAGGUCUGUGGCUCAGUUCCAAGCUGAGAGAGCAUUGUACGAACUUCCAGGCCUACAGCACGACCACAUUGUCCGAUUUAUCACCGCCAGCUGGGGGGGCCCUGGCCCCCUGCUCUCUGGGCCCCUGCUGGUACUGGAACUGCAUCCCAAGGACUGUGUGUGUCUCUGUCCACGUAGAAGAGCUCCCCACAACUCACUUUGCCCUAUUGGCUCCCUGUACCACUACUUGACCCAGCACACCAGUGACUGGGGAAGUUCCCUGCGGAUGGCACUGUCCCUGGCCCAGGGCCUGGCAUUUCUCCAUGAGGAGCGCUGGCAGAAUGGCCAAUAUAAACCAGGUAUUGCCCACCGAGAUCUGAGCAGCCAGAAUGUGCUCAUUCGGGAAGAUGGAUCGUGUGCCAUUGGAGACCUGGGCCUUGCCUUGGUGCUCCCUGGCCUCACUCAGCCCUCUGCCUGGACCCCUACUCAACCACAAGGCCCAGCUGCCAUCAUGGAAGCUGGCACCCAGAGGUACAUGGCACCAGAGCUCUUGGACAAGACUCUGGACCUACAGGAUUGGGGCAUGGCCCUCCGACGAGCUGAUAUUUACUCUUUGGCUCUGCUCCUGUGGGAGAUACUGAGCCGCUGCCCAGAUCUGAGGCCUGACAGCAGUCCACCACCCUUCCAACUGGCCUAUGAGGCAGAACUGGGCAAUACGCCUACCUGUGAUGAGCUAUGGGCCUUGGCAGUGCAAGAGAGGAGGCGUCCCUACAUCCCAUCCACCUGGCGCUGCUUUGCUACAGACCCUGAUGGGCUGAGGGAGCUCCUAGAAGACUGUUGGGAUGCAGACCCAGAAGCACGGCUGACGGCUGAGUGUGUACAGCAGCGCCUGGCUGCCCUGGCCCAUCCUCAGGAGAGCCACCCCUUUCCAGAGAGCUGUCCAUGUGGUUGCACACCUCUCUGCCCAGAAGACUGUACUUCAACUCCUGCCCCUACCAUCCUGCCCUGUAGGCCUCAGCGGAGUGCCUGCCACUUCAGUGUUCAGCAAGGCCCUUGUUCCAGGAAUCCUCAGCCUGCCUGUACCCUUUCUCCUAUGUAAAUAUGCAGUUUAUAUGUAAUCAAUGUACAUGCCAGCAUAAACAUGGCGAUUGCA